CACUACCAGCAAUUUCGGAUUCCCUCCUCUCUCUCCCUCUCCUCUCCCCGGAAUCAGGCAAGGCAACCGCCCGGCCGCCGCUCCCGCGCGCCGCAGGCAGGCGGACGGUCAUGGCCGCGGCGGGCGGGUGGGAGGCCGGCCCAGGCAGGCGGACGGUCAUGGCCGCGGCGGGCGGGUGGGAGGCCGGCCCCGGGCUCGCGCUCGGGUGCCUGUUCACGGAGGCGGAGCUGGCGGCGGCGGACCAGCUCGUGCAGCUCAGCGGCAGCGGCGACGAGGCGGCGUCGGAGUCGGGGUCGCCGCGGUCAGUGAACACGUGCGCGGGCGGCGCAGCGGCGUGGGAGGAGGAGGAGCGGCAGGAGGCGGGUGGCGGUCUCGAGCUGGACAGGAGGGCGAGGAAGAGGUACCGCCUGCUGUCGGAGCUCUACGGCGCCACCAGGCCAGUGGCCGGCGCCGGCGCUGGCAGCGCCAGGAAGAGGAAGCGGGGUCACGAGCCGCAGGCGGAGGCGGAGAUGACGAUGAGGGACGGAGAUCAGAGCUUUCUAGGCUUCUAGGGGGUAGACCGUAGACAGGAGAGGGAGACGGGGAGGAAGGGGACGGGCGGGAGGUGGGAGGAAGGGCUUCUCUGUAAUUACCAAAGAUGUCGAGGGUCUGUUUUGCAAUGUCGGUCUUUGCUUUUCAAAGUAGGAAAAGAAGAAGAAACGGCAGGAAAAGUUAAGCUAAGCUUGUACAGAAUGUUGGUAGUGCCGCUGCUACGUUUUGAAUUCGAAUUUUGAAUCUGAACUGGACCACAACAAGAUAUUUAUUCCGAGAUCCUGGAAUGAAGUCCCCUA